UUUGCCAUGACGCUCACAACAGAGGCAAGUCCGAACAAAUAUCUCCCUACGUGUAAUAAAUUUAAGGCACAGCACCUUUAUAAAGGAGUCGAUUUAACGCAUCUACACAGUUCAGAGGAUCCCUUUUCGUCUGGCGACAGAGAAAAUUAAAAUGAAAUGUGAACUCGGAUUAUUUUCGCAGUAACCUAUCAUCCUUAUUGCUUUUACCUGUCAAAGCGAAAUUCUUCAGUGGACUAAUAAGGAAGAUGAUGCAUCCCGAGGAUGAACUGACCAAAGCAGCCGCCACUGGAAACACUUAUCAUGUUCAGUUUUUACUAUCUAACGGAGUGAAUGUCAACGGGGUUAACAAAUUCGGAAGAACACCUAUACAGGUGAUGAUGAUGGGUAACACGCCUUUGGCUCACCUGCUGCUGGAAUAUGGAGCAGAUCCUAAUGUGGCUGAUCCCGGGACAGGAAGCACUCCUUUGCACGAUGCUGCCAGAACAGGAUUCAUGGACACCGUGCAGCUUUUAAUCCGCUUUAACGCCGAUCCCAACGCAACAGAUCAUUACAAUUUACGACCUUUGGAUGUGGCACGGCAGACUGGCCAUGUGGACGUGGUUGAAUUUCUCAGUCGUAUUUAAACACUAUGUUUUUUUCUUCAACUACAUAUUUAUCACAUAAUAUGACAGGUUCAUAUAUUUUAAAAAGUAAAAGAAUGAGCGCAGCAGUUAGGCUAGUUAAUGCACUUCCGAUUUGUAAUAAUAAUAAUAAUUUACAAUAGGCUAUUGUUUGUGGAUUUGUAUGCUGUUUAGAGUAUUAAACAUUUUAAGCACUUUUAAUUCCUGUGGGAAAUUUGUGCUUCACAGUUGUUCAUUUUUUUAAUGCCGCAUUAGCCUACCCUAUCAAAAACUACGGAAAGAAACCCCAACUUUAAGUCUGAAGCAUUAAUGAUCAUUUCAUCCUUCUAAAAAGUGUCUGAACACAGCAUUACAGCUAGAUACAAUUCAAUUAUUUAACAUAUUCAAAAUAUGUGUUCUUUAGCACGGUGAAUGAUGGCUAAAAGGAGCCUAAAAUUGAAGAAAGAUAAUGAAGUCGUCCGUUUUCUGGGUAUGCG